AUGAUUGUCGGCACUGUCGGGGCUAUAGGGAAUGGUUUUGCCAUGCCCCUUAUGACAAUAGUCUUUGGGGAAGUCAUCAACUAUUUUGGAAACAACAGAAAUAAUAAACACAUAGUUGAUGUUGUUUCAAAGGUCUCUCUAAAGUUUGUGUAUUUGGGUUUUGUAACUCUUGGGGCAGCAUUUCUCCAGGUGGCUUGUUGGAUGGUCACAGGAGAAAGACAGGCUGCAAGAAUCAGGAGUUUAUAUUUGAAAACUAUAUUGAGACAAGAUGUUUCUUUCUUUGACUUAGAAACUAACACAGGAGAGGUGGUUGGGAGAAUGUCUGGUGACACUGUUCUCAUACAAGAUGCCAUGGGCGAAAAGGUUGGGAAAUUUCUACAACUGGUAUCGACAUUUAUUGCAGGUUUCGUGAUAGCAUUUAUCAAAGGCUGGCUUCUUACACUUGUUAUGAUGAGCACUAUUCCUUUUAUGAUUAUAGCUGGUGCAACUUUGUCCUUAAGUAUAAGCAAGAUGGCAUCUCAUGAACAAUCUGCUUAUGCAAAAGCAGCUAAUGUGGUUGAACAGACAAUUGGCUCAAUCAAAACGGUUGCUUCGUUUGCCGGGGAGAAACAAGCAAUAACAAAUUAUAAAAAAUUUCUUAUCAGUGCAUACAAGUCUGGUGUUCAUCAAGGCAUAGCCUCUGGAUUGAGUGUUGGGAUUGUGAUGUUAGUCAUGUUCUGUAGCUAUGCCUUAGCCACAUGGUUUGGCGCAAAGAUGAUAAGAGAAAAUGACUACAAUGGGGGUGACGUUUUAAAUGUGAUAUUUGCUGUGCUUACUGGAUCAAUGGCCUUGGGGCAGGCAUCUCCUUGUAUGAGUGCAUUUGCUGUUGGUCAAGCUGCAGCAUUUAGGAUGUUUGAGACUAUCAAAAGGAAGCCGGAGAUUGAUGCUUAUGACAACAGAGGAAAGAUAUUGGAUGACAUACGUGGAGAUAUUGAGUUGAAAGAUGUUUACUUUAGCUAUCCAGCUAGACCAAAUGAGCAAAUAUUCAAUGGAUUUUCACUUGAUUUUCCUAGUGGUACUACUACAGCUUUGGUUGGACCAAGUGGAAGUGGCAAGUCAACAGCCAUUAGUCUUAUUGAGAGAUUUUAUGAUCCCCAAGCUGGUCAAGUUUUGAUUGAUGGCAUCAACUUGAAGGAGUUGCAACUUAAGUGGAUUCGGGGGAAAAUUGGUCUUGUUAGCCAAGAACCAGUAUUAUUUGCUUGUAGUAUUAAGGAGAAUAUUUCCUAUGGAAAGGAAGGUGCAACACUUGAAGAGAUAAGAGUUGCAACUCAACUCGCAAAUGCUGCUAGUUUCAUUGAUAAAUUACCUCAGGGUCUUGAUACCACUGUAGGUGAACAUGGGACUCAGCUCUCUGGUGGUCAAAAACAAAGAGUUGCAAUAGCAAGAGCUAUCAUAAAAGACCCACGAAUUUUGCUUCUUGAUGAAGCAACAAGUGCGCUAGAUGCCGAGUCCGAAAGGACUGUGCAAAAAGCAUUGGACAGAGUUAUGGUCAACCGCACUACUGUCAUUGUUGCUCAUCGUUUGAGCACCGUCAGGAAUUCUGAUAUGAUUGCUGUCAUCCAUGAAGGAAAGAUGGUUGAAAAAGGCUCACACUCAAAACUUGACAAGGACCCUAAUGGAGCUUAUGCUCAGCUUAUAAGAUUGCAACAAGUGAACAAAGAGUUAGAGCAAGUUGUCAGUGGUCAAGUAGAAACUGAAGCUAAUAUAGAACAUGUUCAAGAAUCUAGUCAAAGAGAGUCGAUAACACGAUCAAUAAGUUGGGGAUAUUCCCUUGGAAGUAGAAGUCGCCACUCAUUUGGUAUACCUAUAGACGUACAUGAGACAACAAUGACAUUUUCAGAAGCUCCUGCGCAAGUGGUGGAAAUGGAACCCCUUCCAAGUGUGCCACUAACUCGCCUUGCCGCUCUUAACAAACCAGAGAUACCUUUUCUUCUUGUUGGAGUUAUAGCUGCUUCUGUAAAUGGUGUUGUACUCCCCAUUUUUGGUCUGCUUAUUUCUAGAAUGAUUAAGGUAUUUUAUGAACCUCCUCAUGAGCAGCAAAAGCAUUCUGUGUUUUGGGCAAUGAUGUUUCUUGUUCUUGGUAUUGUAUCAUUCCUGGUGAUCCUAGCACAAGAUUUUUUCUUUGCUGUAGCUGGCUGUAAGUUAAUACAACGCAUACGAUUGAUGUGUUUCAAGAAACUAGUUCACAUGGAAGUGGGAUGGUUCAAUGAGCCAGGGCACUCGAGCGGUGCCAUUGGAGCAAGGCUUUCUGCAGACGCAGCAACUAUCCGUGCCUUAGUUGGAGAUGCACUUGGUCUACUUGUUCAAAAUAUUGGAUCAGCAGUUGCUGGUUUGCUCAUUGCAUUUCUUGCAAAUUGGCAGUUGGCAUUGAUCAUUCUUCUCCUGCUUCCACUAAUUGGAAUCAAUGGAUACAUUGAAGUGAAGUUCAUGAAAGGGUUCAGUGCAAAUACGAAGGAAGCGAGUCAAGUAGCGAAUGACUCGGUUGGGAGUAUAAGAACUAUUGCUUCAUUUUGUGCAGAAGAGAAAGUGAUGGAGCUAUACAAAAAGAAAUGUGAAGGCCCUGUGAAGACUGGGAUAUGGCAAGGCAUGAUUAGUGGAAUAGCAUUUGGUUUGUCUUUCCUUUUACUUUUUUGUGUCUAUGCAACAAGUUUUUAUGCCGGAGCUAGACUUGUUGAGGAUGGAAAAGCUUCAUUUUCAGAUGUUUUCAAGGUAUUCUUUGCUUUAACAAUGGCAGCUGUUGGUAUUUCUCAAUAUAGCUCAUUUGCUCCUGAUUCUAGAAAAGCCAAGGAUGUUGCAGCUUCCAUAUUUGCUAUAAUAGAUCGAGACUCAAAAAUAGACUCUAGUGAUGAAUCUGGGGAGAUAAUAGAUAAUGUGAAUGGUGAGAUUCAUCUGAGCCAUGUGAGCUUUAAGUAUCCAUCUAGGCCAAAUGUUCAAAUUUUGAGAGACCUUAGUCUAACUAUCCCUUCCAACAAGACAAUUGCAUUGGUUGGUGAAAGUGGAAGUGGGAAAUCAACUGUGAUAGCUUUAUUACAGAGAUUUUAUGAUCCUGAAUCAGGACACAUAACACUGGAUGGAGUUGAACUUCGAAGAUUAAAUCUCAAGUGGUUAAGGAAACAAAUGGGGCUAGUGAGCCAAGAGCCGGUUUUAUUCAACAGUACUAUUCAUGCCAACAUUGCAUUUGGGAAAGGAGAUGCCUCAGAAACAGAGAUUAUGGCAGCAUCAGAGUUGGCCAAUGCCCACACCUUCAUCAGUGGUUUAAGCCAGGGUUACGAGACAGUGGUGGGAGAAAGAGGAGUACAAUUGUCAGGAGGGCAAAAGCAAAGGGUGGCCAUCGCGAGAGCCAUUGUGAAAUGUCCGAAGAUCAUGCUGUUGGAUGAGGCGACCAGUGCGCUUGAUGCAGAGUCGGAAAUUAUUGUCCAGCAUGCACUGGACAAUGUCAUGGUCAACAAAACCACUGUGGUUGUGGCACAUAGACUCUCAACCAUCAAGAAUGCUGAUGUUAUUGUCGUUCUUAAGAAUGGAGUCAUUGCAGAGAAGGGCAAUCACAACACUCUCAUGAACAAUAAGAAUGGCUUUUAUGCCUCCAUGGUUUCACUUCACAUGAGCAAUUCUAGUUCAUAA